AUGAGUACAAAAGGCCUAAAACUUGUUCCUCCUCCAUUACCUCCAAACAAAAACACUGAAGCAGUAAGUGGCACACAUGAUAUCAGUGCACUUUUGGUUCAAAUUCAGAAAGGAAAAGCCCUUAAAAAAACAGUAACAAAUGACAGAAGUGCGCCUAUGAUACGAAAAGCAUGUUCUCAUGAAGUAUCAAGUAAAGUUGUAUCAACAGCACUUGGUUUGAAUUCAUCUGCUUCAAAUGAUUCAAAACAGUUAUCUGGUGCACAGAAACUCUCUGGCUUGUUUGCAGAUGGCAUACCAAAAUUAAAACAUCGCGAAGGAGGAAUAGAUACAGGAGCGGUUACAUCUGGAAAUACAGGAAGUUCACAAAAAGCACGUAUUUCUCCUAUGAAGAAGUCAUCUGAUACGCAAAUACCUCAUUUUUCUAAGACUUAUUCAUCUGGAACAUCUAUAUCGAAAAAUAACAUUUCCUUCAGAUCUGUGUCUGAUUUGCCAGAGACUUCAUAUAUGAAGGCAAAUUCAUCAGUUUUUACACAUUCUAAUCAUCUUCCUCCUCCUGUUCCUGGAACUUCGUCUCUACCUGCGAGAAAAAGCAAUACUUCUACGCCAUCUGUACCUCCACCACCGCCGCCGCCAACACGCAAUGUUUCAUUGCCUACAUCUGUAUUAAUGACUGCACAGUUACCACCGCCUCCUCCGCCACCUAUUACGACAAAUAAAUUAAAUUCGAGACCUCCACCGCCACCACCGCCUCCGCCAUCUGCCUCUGUAAAUGUUACUAGAAACCCAAGUUUUCAUUCGACAUUAUCAACAUCUAUUCCUCAAAAACCUGUUUCAAAGCCACAAAGGCCAUAUGUAUUUUCGGAUUCUACACUUUAUACAGGACCUGGUAUUAAACCAAGUAAUGUAAAUAUUUUAAUUGAUGAUUCUCGAUGGAGGUUUAAGAGUGAAGAUGAGUUUCCCAUACCUCGUACAUUUUCAGGUGAACAAAAAAUAUUUAAAAGUGGAAGACAAGGCGGAAGUACUGUGCCUCUUAACCUAGGCUGA